CCUCACAUUCUUCUACAAAUACCCCCCAUCUUCUUCUGCAGACUCCAGAUUUGAGCAUCCGACAACAGCGUCUACUCAACAAGAAGGAAGAACAUUAAGGCUUGGUUUUCAGUUUUUGGAAGUUCAGAGGACACAGAACGAAGGAAUGGGAUCAGUCGGGGUUCAGAUUGUGUGUGUGGCCCUCGCGGUCCUUGGCCUGAUCGGGGUCAUUGUAAGUUGCGCCGUCCCACGCUGGAGGGUGUCCUCCUUCACAGGAGCCAACAUCGUGACUGCACAGAGCAACCAGGAGGGCCUGUGGAUGGAGUGUGUGGUGCAGAGUACCGGCCAGCAGCAGUGCAAAAACUACGAUUCCCUGCUGGUGUUGCCCUCUGACCUGCAGGCUGCCCGCGCCAUGACCAUCAUCAGCUGCAUGCUGAGCAUCAUCAGCCUCCUCAUCCUCUUCUGCGGCGCCGACUUCACCACCUGCAUCGAGAACGAGGACGCCAAGCCCAAGAUGAGCCUGGUGGCCGGGAUCGGCCUCGUGCUGGCCGGCUUGCUGGUCAUCAUCCCUGUCAGCUGGUCCGCCCACAUCACCGUGCGGGGCUUCAACGACCCCCUGACGCCCGCGUCAUUGAAGAGGGAGAUGGGAGCGUGCAUCUAUGUGGGGUGGGGCGCCGGCAUUCUGCUGCUUCUGGGUGGAGGUCUGCUGUGCUGCUUCAGCAGGCGGUCUGGAAGCUCUGGAGGAACCGCCAAGUACUACAGCAACAGUGCAUCCGCCCCCAACAAAAACUACGUGUAGUUUCUUCAUGGAGGGGACUCAUGGUGCGGGAGGGGGAUGAAUUUGGUUAAAGACUGGCGAGCAAACAAAGUAGAUGACACCAGGGGUUGUUUUUGAAAAAGUGGAGUAAAGUCAUUGUAAAUACUGAUUAUAAAUGUCUUCAAUGUUUUCCUGCAUAUCCAAAGUUAAGCUGGUGAUGUUAUUUUUAAGCUGUUUUCUAUUCGGUGCUGGGUUCACAUAUCUUUUUCUAAAGGGAAACAAAUAAAACAAGCUGAACAUUUCAGAUAAACAUUGUGAUUUUACUGUCCAAACUCUGCUCCUUUUAUUUCUAAUUGCCUUUAAAUUGGACUCAAAGUGUUCUCAAAGGAUCCACACAAGAAUCAAAUGAAAUCAAAGAUCUGAAAUGUAAAAGAUUUGAGACACAAAGUUAUCUGAUAACAAGGUCAGUGUUCAACAUUUCAAUGUAGAGCAGCCGUCCAAUUUCUGAAGAUGCACUAGUGCUUCGGUGUUUUAGUUUAGUUUCAGUCUACCUUGUUUUUUCAUCUACAGUCAGAAAAAGCUGCUUUUAAAACUUCAACCACGUUCACCUCAUUGGACCUCAGGGAGCGUCUGUGUGUACGCCUUUCAUUCCCAAACAUCCGAACGACAUUUCAAAAGUUCUGUAUAAAAUCUUCAUGUGGUUUAUUUUCCUCAUUUUGUAUGUUGAUGAGUAUUAAUGAUUAAA